AUGGCUGUCUACUGCUGGGGCAAUACAGCCCACGGCGAGCUCGGUCUCGGUGGCAUCGAGGAGGAGCAAGUGAUGGUUCCGCGCAAGAUGGACUGGUCACGCGCGGUAGAAGUCACUCAAGCGGCUUGUGGUACCAGCCACACGCUGCUCCUCACGCGAGAGGGCAAAAUGUAUGCCUGUGGCAAUAAUGACCACGGUCAGCUGGGCCACGGCUCGGACAGUCUACCGAAUAAAAGGCCACGUAUGUCGAGGUUUAAGCUGCUGACGUCGCUGGAAAACUACAUCAUAACGAACGUCAGCUGUGGAGUAGCACAUUCGCUGGCUCUGACGAACUGGGGCCACGUGUUUAGUUUUGGCUCGAAUACCGUCGGCCAGCUUGGCCACGAUACGGAAAACGGCAGUGUACCGCGGAUGGUCAAAACCAUCGGUACCAAACACGUGGUCCAAAUUUCCUCCGGUCAAUACCACUGCCUGGUCUUAACCAACAGUGGGGAGCUGUACGCUUGGGGUUCAAACUCGUACGGUCAACUCGGCAUCGGGACGAUAAGCGAGAAAGUGACGGUACCGACACUGAUCCAAUCGCUUGCCGGCAUACCGAUAGCAUUCAUCGCCUGUGGGGGAAACCACAGCUUUGCCGUGUCGAAAUCCGGCGCUAUUUUCGGUUGGGGUAAAAACACCUUCGGCCAGCUGGGCCUGAACGAUUUGAACUCGCGCUGCCACCCGACCCAGCUGCGCACGUUGCGGAGUUUGGGCGUGCGUUACAUUAGCUGUGGGGAUGAUUUCUCCGUUUUUCUCACCAACGAGGGUGGAGUGUUCACGUGCGGCGCCGGAACGUUUGGCCAGCUUGGCCACGGCAGCUGUAACAACGAGAUACUGCCGCGCAUGGUGUUCGAGCUGAUGGGGAGCAAAAUUACGCAGAUUGCAUGUGGCCGGCGACAUACGCUGGCGUUCGUGCCAUCGCGUGGUAAAAUAUACGGCUUUGGGCUGAGCGGAGUCGGUCAGCUGGGCACUGGGAUGGUGGGGAACUACAAUACUCCACAGAUCGUUCGGGGACCAUGGUUCAAGUCCGAUUCGGAAAAUCCAUCAGGCUGUGUUGAAGAAGAGCAAAAGACUGUAAAUCGCAUAUUUUCCGGAGGGGAUCAGUGUUUCGUUUCGCUUCUGGAAGAUGAAAGCUCUGCAGAUUACCGUGUACAUGAUAAAAACACCCAAAUUCUUUCGCUCUCGCUGGAGUUGGGAAAGGAACUGGCGCAGAUCAAAGCGGAACAAACGGUGGAACUAGACCUUAUGUCGGCUGUGGAAACAACGUUCAAGUCGUUGGCUUGCAUGAACGGAUCCUUGCUGCUGCCGAACGAUAUGCAUUUCUGCUGCACCUCGAAACACCCGGGAGUCGACUUGGAAGCUGCAGAGAAAACGUUCGAUCAAAUACGGAAAAUCGAAUGUGAAUCUAUCAAGCAACUGAUCCGCGACUCCAUCGAGUCCGACCUACUCGGUGCCUUAACGCAAUCGCCUGCCGACGUGGAGACGCUGCGGAUCUAUCUGCUGCUGCCUCUGUACCAUGAGUUUAUCAAUCCGAAGCACUACCAAAAGCUGCACUCACCGUUCAGCCGAUCGGUGCUGAAGCUCGUAAAGAAUGCGUACGAAAUCGUGGUGCUGUGGUGGGCAAAUACACCGAAGGAGUACUUCGAGCGAAUGGUGGAAAACUUUAAGAGUGUCGUUCUGUACAUAAUCAACUUCAAGUUUCCGCACGUCCUCGAAUCCGAGAGCAAGCAGGAGGUGCACUAUGAUGCCCAUCUGGCCACCAUCCUUGAUAUGCUGUCGAUCCUGUACUGGAUUAACCACCACAAACGAACCCAGAAGCUACCGUACGAGCAGUUCCAUAUCAACGAGAUCGACGACAUUCUUGACAUUCGCCAUGACUACGUUCGGUGGACAGCCGACACCAAGGGUGUUACUUUUUCGCUAUGUAAUUAUCCGUUCAUUUUCAAUGCCGCAGCAAAAAUGCUGCUACUUCAGACUGACCAAGCGAUGCAGAUGUACCAAGCAAUGCACAGCGCAGCCACGGUGAACCUUAUGUCGAUGUUUUGCGCUCACAACCCAAACUCGCAGUUUAUCGUCCUGAACGUGACGCGUGACAACAUCGUGCAAGAUACGAUCCGCGAGCUGUCGCUGUACGCGGCAAGCGAUCUCAAGAAACCGAUCAAGAUAAAGUUCUGCGGCGAGGAAGCCGAAGACGCGGGCGGUGUGCGGAAAGAGUUUUUUAUGCUGCUGUUGCGGGACAUUCUCGAUCCGAAGUACGGCAUGUUCAAGGCGUUUGAUGAUUCCCGCACGAUCUGGUUCACGGAGGAUUUCUUCGACAGCGAUGACAACAUGUUUGCGCUCAUCGGAAUCUUGUGCGGACUGGCGAUCUAUAACUUUACGAUCAUCGCCCUGCCGUUCCCACUCGCCCUGUACAAGAAGCUGCUGGGGGAAGAAGUGGAUAUGAGUGAUCUACAGGAUCUAGCACCAGUGAUAGCGCGAUCGAUGCAGAACAUACUGGACUAUGACGAGCCCGAUCUGGAGCAAGUUUUUGAUCUCACCUUUUCUACAACCCGGGACUACUUCGGGGAGAUGCAGACCAUUCCACUGAAACAGAAUGGCGAGAAUAUACCUGUGACACAAUCGAACAAGCACGAAUUUGUGCAACUGUAUAUAGACUACGUGUUCAACAAAUCGGUGGAGAAAUCAUUCCGGCAGUUCCAUAACGGAUUCAUGCGUGUCUGCGGUGGGCGCGUACUGAAGCUGUUCAAGGCGCACGAGCUGAUGUCGGUGGUGGUUGGUAACGAGGAGUACGAUUGGUUGUCACUGGAGGAGAACGCGGAGUACAAGAACGGGUAUUCCUGCAGCGAUCAGACGGUACGGUGGUUUUGGGAAGUAUUUCACGAGCUUCCGGUGGAAGAGAAGAAAAAGUUCCUACUUUUUCUUACCGGUUGUGAUCGUAUUCCGAUCAUGGGCAUGAAAGCCAUUAAGAUCUUUAUCCAGCCCACACCGGACGAUAAGUUUCUUCCGGUGGCGCAUACCUGCUUCAAUCUGCUCGACCUACCUCAGUACCAAACGAAGGAAAAGCUCAAGUACAAGUUGCUGCAGGCAAUUCAACAAACGCAGGGAUUCAGCUUGGUAUAAAACCGAUACGAACAAACAUUCUUCGUUCGAUCUGUCGGUGAUUUGCUGCCAAAAACGUUUGCUAUUAAUCCUUCGUUUAUUUAUGGUUUCUUGUAUUGUUGUUUCUAAACUAGUGACUUCCGUGAUGGCACGGAAGUCCUUCUGAUAUUGGUGGAGCGUUGAUAUUAUUGCAUGUUUAUAAAAAAACAACGAAUUUAAAUUAUGUUGCCCACAUUUUAAAACGUUGAGCUUGAGAGCAAUAAACUCGUAAGCAAUGCUACCAGUAGGAGCUAUAUUUUUCCUGCAUAAACUUA